UUUUCGGUUGCUCUAGGCCCCCUUGCCUCUCAGUGUCUUCCUUGUGUAGAAUGCGUCUGUAGCUGCGCGUCUCUUUGCCCAGGCUGCCGUUUCCGCUUUCGCACAGCUAAUAUUAAACCGGUGUUCUUCUUGGAAUACCCGCUUUUGGAUCUUAGAAACUCGGUCCGCCAGUCCAGCCAAACACAUUCAUCGGAUCUACUCUGCCCCCACUAUUCAAGCUUCCGCUCUUCGGUAACUGAGGGGAACUCUUGGCCACCAAAGCAGCACAGAGCAGCCAACAUUCUCUCUUCCUCUUUCUCUUCUCCACCCUUCGCCUUCCGCUCAUUUUUUAUAUUUUAUUCGUCCUACCGGGUGCAAGCGAGCGGCCAGCAGUGAGCAAAUUGUCGGGCUGCCUAUUAUUUGCUAUCGCGCACAAUCAACCGAGAACUCUCGAGGAUUCAUAAUGGCAUCGAAUCAGCAGCACUUCCGCCGUGCAACAGGACGGGUUGCAGCAGUCCUCCCGGCAAACAUGAAUGGCGGUGAUCAGCAGCAAAACUACCCGCCUGCGCCUAGACUGCAACAGCAGCAACAGCAGCAGCAGACGGCAUACCAUAAUUACCAGCCCACGGGGUAUGGGCAGCCGCCGCCACCAGUGGCUCAGCAGCAGCCGACCAUGUACUACGAGCAGGAUCCGUAUGCACAGCAGCUUGCUGCCAACAUCGGGGCGUACCAAUACCAGCAGCAGCAACCGGUGCAGCAACCACGGAACAACAGCCACUAUAAUUCGAUCUCUCCACAGCCCCCGCGCCCAGCACAUGCGCAGCAACGGCAACCGCCAAGACAGCAGCACAUGGCGUCUGUAUUGAAUCGGCAUGACUCUGCUGGGGAUUCUGGGGAGACGCUCGACAUGCACGGUCAGCUGAGAGGCAAGCUGCAGACGCGCAGCAGUGACGAGGCAGGCGACUCGACGUUGACACAGAGCUCGCUGGCUGACGAUAUGCAACGCAUGAACCUGAAUGGAAAGGCCAGCCACGGCGCCAUCAGGCCGACGGCAUUACAGCGCAAGACAGCUCCGCCCGAUCAUGGGAGGAAGCGCGAGCAGGACCUCGAAAACGAAUACGACAAUGACGACGGCACCACGGGCAUAGAGGUAGACUCGUCACUUUUCCCCGAGGAUAUCCAGCAGAUGAGCCGGAUCAAACGGUCUGAAAAGUACGGUGCGGGCCUGCCCAAGCCCGCCGCCGUUAUCACCACUAAUGUGCCACCCCCAGUUGCGUCGCAGCUGGCUCCUCAACAGCCCAUCCACCAAGGUAUUGAAAUCGCCCACCAGCAGCGACCUGGCCAGAUCAACACACAGCUGUCACGUGGCAACAUGGGGUCUGGCCCUGGAUCUGCCCACACGCCGUCCAGCGGCCAUGUAUCGUCGGCGCAUACUGGACCCAACAGUGCGCUUGACGAUGGAUUUGACAGCCACGAGUCGCAUUACUAUGGCCGCGGAAGUCUGCCGCAGCCGUACCAAGGAUCGCCGUACCAACAGCAGCAGCAGCAGAAUCGCCCGCCACCACCGCCGCAUGACUACCCGCAUCAGCAGCACCACCAGCAGCAGAGCAAUAUGCGCAGUCCUAUGCAGUCGCAGUACCAGCAGUAUGGCUCUGUCGCUCCUCCAGAACGAUCUCCUUACAGCUAUCCUCAGCAGCUGCCACAACACCACCAGCAGCAGCAGCACAGCAGCAGCAGAUGAUGUAUAGCCAAUCGCCAGCUGGUCCUCCUCGUGGCCCACCACCGCAUAGUCCGUACAACGAUGGAUACUACCAUCAGCAAAUGCGGGCUGGAUCGAUAUACAGCAGCCACGACAGUAGCGGCGAUGGUAUGCCUGGGGCAGCUGCUGAUCACGCUGGCAUGAUGCCUAGGCCGAACAGUAACCGGUCGUGGGCCGAAAGCACCAACUCGCUACCAUCAGCGAUCCCU